AUGUUCCAUUAAAUUUGAAUCGGAAUUGCUUUAAGUGCAGCUCACCGACCUACCUCUCACAUCAUAUGCUCAGAUAAUUUGACUCUGCAUCAAAUAUUAAAUGUUGUAUGGGGAUCUUCCAACAAUCUGCAAAAUAAGUUGAAAAAUAAUGGGGAUGUGAUGUUGCUCUACUUUCUCUUUUCAUAGUACAGAAUACAGUCUCUUGUUCCAUCUGACUCAGACUGUGAGUUUGCCUAAAAACUUAGAAGAUUAGAAAAGCGGCAGUUAGCAACUUGGCAAAAAGAGUACCCGAAAUUGACCAACUCUGCGAAUGGCCACCCUGAUCCCAAGUCGUCAGCUUUUCAUCAACGGUGAAUGGGUGGAACCUGUCUUCAAGAAGCGCAUACCUAUCAUCAACCCUGCCACCGAACAGAUCAUCGGUGAUAUUCCGGCAGCUACUGCGGACGAUGUUGAGCUUGCAGUUGAUGUGGCUCGAAAAGCGCUUGCCAGAAACAAAGGCAAAGAUUGGGCUUCUGCACCAGGGGCUGUUCGUGCCAAGUAUUUGCGUGCUAUUGCUGCAAAGGUGACAGAGAGAAAGUCUGAACUUGCUAAACUUGAAGCAAUUGAUAGCGGGAAGCCAUUGGAAGAAGCAGCCUGGGACAUUGAUGAUGCCGCUGGAUGUUUUGAGUACUAUGCAGACCUUGCUGAGGGUUUAGAUGCAAAGCAAAAGGCUCCGGUUUCUCUUCCUUUGAAGAAUUUUAAGACUUAUGUUCUUCAGGAACCCAUUGGGGUUGUUGGGUUGAUUACCCCAUGGAAUUACCCGCUAUCGUUGGCUGUAUGGAAAGUGGCUCCUGCCCUGGCUGCAGGAUGCACUGCAAUAUUAAAACCAUCUGAAUUGGCUUCUGUGACCUGUUUGGAGCUUGCCGAUAUAUGUAAAGAGGUGGGUCUUCCUGCCGGUGUUCUUAAUAUUCUAACUGGACUGGGCCAUGAAGCUGGUGCCCCUUUGGCAUCUCAUCCCCAUGUGGACAAGGUUGCAUUUACUGGAAGCUCUAUGACUGGGAGCAAGAUAAUGACAACUGCAGCUCAGAUGGUUAAGCCUGUUACUUUGGAGCUUGGAGGAAAAAGCCCAAUUAUUGUAUUUGAGGAUGUUGAUCUUGAGAAAGCUGUUGAAUGGACCCUCUUUGGUUGCUUCUGGACAAAUGGUCAGAUCUGUAGUGCAACAUCCCGUCUUCUUGUACAUGAAAGCAUUGCAGCAGAAUUUCUUGACAAACUUGUGAAAUGGGCUAAAAACAUUAAGGUAUCUGAUCCAUUGGAAGAAGGUUGCAAGCUUGGUCCUGUUGUUAGUGGAGGACAGUAUGGGAAAAUAUUGAAAUUCAUCUCAAACACCAAGAAUGAAGGUGCAACCAUUUUCUAUGGUGGGGCUCGUCCUCAGCAUUUGAAGAAGGGAUAUUUCAUUUUGCCAACCAUCAUAACUGAUGUAACUACAUCUAUGGAAAUUUGGAGAGAAGAAGUUUUUGGACCUGUUCUUUGUGUUAAAACAUUUAGUACUGAAGAUGAAGCCAUUGAAUUGGCAAAUGACACCGAUUAUGGCUUAGGUGCUGCUGUGAUAUCCAAUGAUUUGGAAAGAUGUGAUCGUGUAAGCAAGUCUUUCCAGGCAGGUAUUGUGUGGAUCAACUGCUCACAGCCAUGCUUUUAUCAAGCUCCAUGGGGAGGGAAAAAACGUAGUGGUUUUGGGCGUGAAUUAGGAGAAUGGGGACUUGAUAAUUACAUAAGUGUGAAGCAGGUGACUCAGUAUCUCUCUGAUGAACCAUGGGGAUGGUAUCGACCUCCUUCAAAGCUGUGAAAGUGUCUCUGAAAUGGAAAUGGAAAAUCACAUAUGUAGCAGAAGAGAGAGAAUAAGGUGAAAGUGAUGUAGUUUAUGGAUCUUUAUGUAACAGACCAUGUAAUAUUAUAUAACAUGAAAUGACAGAAGUAGUUUUUUUGCCA